GGCUUGCGGGCAUAGGAGGAGAAAUUGAAAUUGAUGUUUGAAUUGUUUCUGUUUGUAUGUUUCUCCCCGACCUGUUCCACAUAUUUCGAUCAGAAUUAUUCGAGCAUCUUCAGAGUUGCUAGAUGGGGGACCACAUUCAGCUCCAGAUCACACCAGAAACUCCAGGCAGGUCUUCCAUAAGGAACCCCUUCGAGAGUCCUAACGACUACCACCAUCUGCGGGAACCCCUGGUUCCGAGUCCCUCUGUCUUCAAGUCAAAGACGUGCAAGGCUACUCCCUCUAAGUUUAACUGGUCUAUUGAUGAAAUGGCCAGUCUUCUCCCAGUGCACAUAGACCCAGAGGAAAUCCAGCGACAAUCUCUCUACCUCAGCCAGACAAGGAUUGAUUCUGACAUUGAGGAAAAAUGUCAGAGUGCUAUUGAGCAGUUUUUCACAAAAGGAGCCAUUGUGCCUUCCCCCUGGGCAGCACCAGAAACCCGCAGAGCCCCUCACCUGUACAAUAAAAGCCCAGGGUCUGCAACAAUUUCAGAGGCGACAAAAACAGUCUCGGUUGCUUGCCAGACGGCCCUGUCUCUACCUUUGGGGUUCGAUUUGGAGAAAUUACUUGGAGAACAUUACCGUUACGAGGAAGCGGGUGAUGCAGUCCAGGAGAGCCUCAGUUCCUCCUCCUUGAGACGAAAACUCUUCCUUGAUGGCCAUUUCAGUUACAGCAGCUCCGACGGCUCCAAUCCACCGAGUCCAGAGAGAGCCCAUGCUGGACCCAAAAAACGAUCUCCACACAGAGAAAGAGCCGUAACAAGACCUGAAUGUCAUGAUGUCUUUUCCUCUCCUUUGUCCUGUGGCGUGCCGGCCCAGACUCCCUCUACGGGUCAGUUUUCAUCUAGCCCCAUCCAGCAAGGUGGUUUCCGAGAUUGCAGCCUGGGCAGCAUCAGCAGUCCUCUGUUCCCUGAUAGGUCAUCUCCAGCUGGUCUCACCUCCCCAACAGUUUCUCCAAUAUUUGUCCAUGCAGCACGCACUCCCAUAGGCUCAGGUGGGCAGAAACAGCACAGCCGUUUGACCCCUCACAGAACCUCGCAGGAGAUCGACGCCGCUCCCUGUAACGAGAGUCCUUAUGUUGAAGGCUGCUCUCCGAUUCGGAGCUUCUCCCCACAUCAGCUUCACCACCAAAAUGAGCAACAGUACACCUCAAAACCCAGACCCAGAAUCCGCUACUGGGCCUCCCCUCCCCUCAUCUCGCAGAUUCUGAACCCAAAGCUCCAGGACAAUCAGGAGGGUGAAGAACACCCUCCUUCAACUUCCUCAUCGUCUCACCCCUUAAUAGAACUUGGUCCAACAUCGCCUCCGACCCUGGAUACUCCCCCUGCUGCUACUGUUGGUGUGGACCCGAUGGAAGCUGUGGAAAUGGAAGAGGUUGAGGAGAUCAAAGGAGACAAAAGUUUGGCAGAAGAGGAGGAAGAUGGAGGGCCUUCAGAACAACUGACAAGCUCUCGUAUGGGGAGCGUGUCUGCAGCAGAAAGCUGUCAGAUGUUUGUGUCUCUUCUGGCAGAAGGAAGCAGCAUUCGCUGUGAUUCCAGCAUUCAGGUGGAUAGCGGCUAUAACACCACCUCAGCAGGCACGGCGAGCCUCAAUGAUGGCUUCAGCUCAGACUGUCAGAACAAAGAGCCCCUCGGCUGUAACCUGGUGGAGGAAUCCUUCCCCGUCCUUCGACACACUAAAGUUAAGGUAUUUUACCCUCACCACUGAGUCACCUGACUUCUACAAUGAAAAGAGACAACCCUCCCUGUGGAUGCUCGCGACAAUGAUUUGCAAUCAAACAUAUAAAAGUUUAAAGAACAUUUGAACUAUUUGUGAAUUUAUGCCCAGACGAACUAAAGAUCUGAUCUGACUGAAAACAAAUUAUGUCUACCUUAAAGUCUAACUUCUGUAAGACACUGAAUAUUUUAUUAUUUGUGAGUAAAACUUUUGAAUCAGUCAUAAAGGUGUGGUAAAAGGGGAGGAAACUGUCCAUUUUGGACCAGAUUUGCACAUCUUUUAUCUUUUAAAGGGCUUUUUUUAAAUGCCAAUUUUUAUUUUGUUUGGUGCUAAUAUGAUUACCCUGAUCACCUGUGCUCUUAUUUGUUUUUAUAAAAUUAUUUUUGAGGUUUUUACAGGACUUUUUCCCUCGCUGUGGUAUUGAUUUUCAUAUUCAAGCCAUCUGUCGGCUUCUGUAUAAUUCACACCAAAUGAUGGUUUUCAUGCAUUAAAAGAUUGUUUUUCUUUA